AUGCUUUCAGCGACACGGCGGUGGUUUCGCCACAACCGCACGCCGCUGGCAGUUGGCGUGGGCGUUGUGGGAGCCGGCUAUGUGGCCACGCAGUAUCUGUUGGCCAAGAUCAACGACGCGCGCGAGCGGAUGAGCAGCGACCGGAUAGCCAAAGAGAAUCUCCGCCGUCGAUUCGAGCAGAACCAAGAGGACUGCACAUUUACCGUUUUGGCACUCCUGCCGACGGUGACGACCAACGUGCUCGACGCGAUGAACACGGAGGGCAUCACGUACCAGAUCCAGCACACGAAGUCAGCAGCGGCGGUCGGGGUGGCACGAAGCGUGUACAGCGAGAGUGCGGCUUCGAUCAGCCCCAGCAUCGCGGACACGGUCCAGACCGAAGACGACGGCCGCAGCGUGGGCAUGGGCACGAGUGUGCAGAGCGAGAGCGGCGUGCACGCGAGCCAGGUAGCCAUGGCCGACGACAGCAGCAGCAGCGGCGCCGUGACGGCGCCCAAGCGCAAGACCAAGCGGCAGCUCUGGGAUGAGCUGACCAUCAGCUCGAUUACGCGGGCCUACACGCUCCUCUACACCGUCGGGCUGCUGGUCAUGAUCACGCGCAUCCAGCUCAACCUUCUCGGCCGUCGCAGCUAUCUGUCGAGCGUGGUCUCGCUCGCGACCGGCAGCGCCCAGGCCACCAUCAGCCUCGAGAACAACGACGACGACAGCCCGCAGAGCAGUCUCGGCGGCAGCUAUUUUGAGGUCAACCGCAAGUACCUCGCCUUUAGCUGGUGGCUGCUCAACCGCAGCUGGGCCGACAUCCAGUACCGCGUCGAGACGGCCGUCCGGGCUACUUUUGGUCAUCUGAGCCCACGUGACUUUGUCUCGCUCGAGAUCUUUGCCGAUCUGACACGCCAGGUUCGCCAGGCCGUCGAGCAGGGGCCGCUGCCACCGCCACCGCCCGCUGAUCCGGCUGCGACAUCUGCUCCGUCGUCUGCUUCCUUUGCCGCCACGUCGUCGCGCUGGCUGCCGCUGGUCCUGCCGCCACCCGGCCUGGAGGACUACGUGCUGCACGAGUCGGGCAUCCUGGCCGACAGCGCCACAGCCGCCACUUUUGGGCCGCCGGGUGUCGGCGAUGUCGGGACCGCUUCCGGGACGGUCGACAGCCGCGGUGACGGCACCACUGUUGCUGCGGCGGCUGCGGCUGCUGCUGAGGCGGCGGCCUUGCGCCGACUGCUCGACGAGACGGCCGACCUGGUGGACUCGCCGACAUUCUCACACGUGCUGACGCAGAUCCUCGAUGCCGGCUUCGCCACGCUGACGGAGCGCAAGAUCGCCCCGGCCGCCUUUGACCUGCCGCCCGACGGCGGCGAAGGCAGCAUGGAGCUGGUGCGCCUGCGCCACAACAAGACCGUCCAGCUGCCCAAGGUGCUGUCGGUGCUGACGCGCCAGGCUCACACCAUCGGCAGCGGCAUGCCGAACGAGUACCUGCAGGAGAUGGAGGCCGUGCGCGACCUCGAGGCCUUUGCCGCCGUAGUCUACUCGAGCAACUGGGAGAGUGAGAUCCGGGACGACGGGCUGGCCGCGGCUGCUGCGGCUGCUGCGGCUGCUGUGGCCGCCGAGGACGAUGCCUCUACAACGGCUGCGGCGACGGUGCCGGACCUGCUCGUGGAAGAGUCGUCGCUCGUCGUGGUGACGCCGGCGUUGAGCAGGCUGGAGAGCGCCUGGGAACGGGCCGUGGACCAGCCAUGA